CAUUACACUGGAACUUUUUGUCAGUAAUGUUCCCGUUUUCGGAGGUGGCGACUCGUGCGAACUGGUAACUGAGGAGCCGUGUUGGCAGUGCCUCUUAUUUUCACUUACUCAGUGCAUCAUUGACCUUCGGACGGAGAGGAUGUUUCGAGUCGGGACAGCGGUGGUGCGUGCGGUGGUCCAGGGUGAGGGCCGCUUGCUGAAAUCAGUCGUUGUGCCAGCUGCAUCUUCCUGCCCUGCCCAGCGGUGGCAUAGCGACUAUGAGCGUCACCAAAUCCCCGAGCGUCUGCAGUACAUUCCAGACGCCGAAGAUCCUUCCUUCUUUGAGAUGGUCGAGUACUUCUUCCACCGAGGAUGUCAGGUGGUGGAGGACCAGCUGGUGGAGGAGAUGAAGGAGCGCAUCACCCUGGAAGAGAAACGUAACAAGACCAAGGGCAUUCUUAAGAUCAUGGAACCCUGCCAUCACGUGCUAGAGGUUGCCUUCCCAGUCAAGAGGGAUGACGGCACCUAUGAAAUGAUACACGGUUACCGAGCACAACACUCGCUUCACCGCACGCCCACCAAGGGGGGUAUCCGCUACUCAAUGGAUGUGUGUGCAGAUGAAGUGAAGGCCUUGUCAGCCCUGAUGACUUUCAAGUGUUCCUGUGUGGAUGUGCCCUUUGGAGGAGCCAAGGCUGGUCUCCAGAUUGACCCCCGCAAUUACUCCAUCAAUGAGCUGGAGAAGAUCACUCGUCGCUUCACCCUUGAGCUGGCAAAGAAAGGCUUUAUUGGCCCGGGUGUGGAUGUGCCUGCCCCUGACAUGGGAACCGGGGAGCGAGAGAUGUCGUGGAUUGCAGACACCUAUGCCAACACCAUUGGUCAUGACGACAUCAAUGCCCAUGCCUGUGUCACUGGCAAGCCCAUCAACCAGGGUGGCAUCCACGGCCGCACCUCUGCAACCGGACGUGGUGUUUUCCACGGCCUUGAGAACUUUAUCAAUGAAGCCUCCUACAUGGCUAUGAUUGGCAUCACUCCAGGGUGGGGUGGCAAGACUUUCAUUGUACAGGGCUUUGGUAAUGUGGGUCUGCACUCUAUGAGGUACUUGCAUCGUGCAGGAGCCACCUGCAUUGGCGUCAAGGAAGUGGACGGAGAAAUCUACAAUCCCAAUGGCAUUGAUCCCAAGGAACUUGAGAACUGGAAAAUUGAGAAUGGAACAAUCAUGGGCUUCCCUGGUGCUGAGACUUACUCAGGCGAGAACCUGUUGUAUGAGAAGUGUGACAUCCUGAUUCCUGCUGCCAUUGAGAAGGUCAUCCACAAGAACAAUGCUCACAAGAUCCAGGCCAAGAUCAUUGCUGAGGCUGCCAAUGGACCCACCACCCCAGCUGCUGACAAGAUCCUGCAGGACAUGAAUGUCUUGGUUAUACCUGACCUGUACAUUAAUGCUGGUGGUGUCACUGUAUCUUACUUUGAGUGGCUAAAGAACCUCAACCAUGUAUCUUAUGGUCGUCUCACCUUCAAGUAUGAGAGAGAGUCCAACUAUCACCUGCUUGAAUCUGUUCAGGAGUCUCUUGAGCGGCGUUUCGGCCGUGUCGGUGGCAGGAUUCCCAUCAUACCAUCCCAGUCUUUCCAGGAGCGCAUUUCUGGCGCCUCAGAGAAGGAUAUUGUGCACUCAGGACUUGACUACAGCAUGGAGCGUUCUGCCAGAGCCAUCAUGAGGACAGCUAUUAAGUACAACCUUGGAAUUGAUCUGCGCACAGCUGGUUAUGUCAACGCUAUUGAGAAGAUCUUCAACACCUACAAGGGUGCUGGGCUCACCUUCACUUAAAUGUUGACUGCAUUGGAGGAAUGGCAUUGAAUGUUACUUGUUGAAAACUGAACUAUCCAAGAGGUUGUAAAUGUUGAGGUGACUUAGGAUAGAAAAACCAGUACCUUUGGAUGAAGGUUCUCUCCUAAGUCUUUCUUGGUAGUUUAGGACAUCAUCUGCCGAAGUACUAUUCAUGAAUGGUUCAUAAUCAGUUGUCUACAUAAUAGUAUUACCCAUUACAUUCUGUGUCCCAUCAUAAACCAUUUUGUAAUUAAACAUUUGGUGAGAUCAAUGUAGCUUAUAUAGUAACUUCUUGCAGAUAAGAAACAUCAUGAUAGGACAUUGCACUUGAGGUGACAGGGUAAUGGAAUAUAACCAUUCAAGUCAUAGGAAUCUUUUAUAUGACAAAAAAUAAUUUAUGUAUCCAUGCAAAUAAGGGAAGUUGUUAGUUCUGUAUGUAUAGUUACAAAUUUCAGUGUUAUUGAAACUUCUUCAUGUUUUGUAAGGCCGGUGACCUUGCAGUGGUUUAUUUUAUUAUCAAAAAUACCCAGCACUUGGGAUGAUCAAA